UGGCCUAUACUGUGAUACUGGCCUAGUGAAGCCACACAUUACAUCAAAAUACAGGAAGUAGAAGAAAAUCUGCUUUCUUAUCUCCGGCUAUAUUAUGUUUAUUAUGGAGAAACAUCACUGAUCUGCAGCAGCACAAAGGGUAAAGUGAUGUCCUCCACUGCAGGAGAAAUGUCUCCUUCACUUCACUCUAACGUUACCUGGAGCUGGCUGACUGAGACGAGGGGAAAGGGGUCUCGCUAUUUACUGGUUUCACUCUGUGAAUUUAUGGCGAGAUCACUUUUGACAUACGCCGUUCAGCUCAAACUCAACGGCUCUGGCAUCAAAAGCAGACUGUGCUUGGCCUUCUGAUCCUGCUUAUCCUCCUCUCCAUUGCCUACUGUAUUGAAGGAACACACCAGAAGUAUGUGCGCUACAUGGAGAAGAAGACGCUGUGGUGCGCUUACUGGGUUGGCCUGGGUAUUCUGUCCUCGGUGGGUCUUGGCACCGGCCUGCACACCUUCCUCCUUUACCUGGGACCACACAUAGCAUCAGUGACCUUGGCGGCCUACGAAUGUGGCUCGGUGGAUUUCCCCGAGCCACCCUAUCCGGACCAAAUAGUCUGCCCUCAGCAGGAAGCUCCAGCACCAGGCGCUGAGCAGGUGGGCGUGGAGGCCGCUGGGGCGGACGGGUUGGUGGGGUCCGCAGCCAUCCAGGGAAGCAUCUCUCUCUGGACCAUCAUCUCCAAAGUCCGCCUGGAAGCUUGCAUGUGGGGUGCUGGUACAGCUAUAGGAGAGCUUCCUCCCUACUUCAUGGCCCGUGCCGCACGGCUGUCAGGCGCCAACCCCGACGACGAGGACUACCAGAGGUUUGAGGAGAUGCUGGAUCAGACCCAGUCCACACAGGAUGUUGCCACUCGAGCACAGGCAGCAGUGAAGAAACUCAUCCAGAGGGUUGGAUUCUUUGGGAUUUUAGCCUGUGCUUCUAUUCCAAAUCCCUUGUUUGACCUUGCAGGAAUAACUUGUGGACAUUUUUUGGUCCCCUUCUGGACUUUUUUCGGCGCAACGCUCAUCGGGAAAGCUGUCAUCAAAAUGCACAUUCAGAAAGUGUUUGUGAUCGUCACCUUCAGCAGGCACAUAGUGGAGCAGAUGGUCUCCCUCAUCGGAGCUGUUCCACUGCUGGGUGCGGCACUGCAGAAGCCCUUCAGGGAGUACUUGGAGGCCCAGAAGGCCAAGCUGCACCAUCGCACUGGAGAGGGGAUCCCAACUGAGGAGAGCUGGCUGUCGUGGCUCUUUGAGAAGGUUGUGGUCAUCAUGGUAUGCUUCUUUGUCUGCUCCAUUGUCAACUCCAUGGCCCAGAGCUACACCAAGCGCAAGCAGCAGGAGAAGGACUCAGAGGGCAAGACCGAGUGAAGGCCGGCAAUAGCGACCACGGCGAACCAUCCACUUCAGAAGCUCCCACCACUCCUUUGCUCCUUUCUGCUCUCCCUACUGGCUGAUGUCCUCACCAUUAUCUGAAGCCAAAUAUCAGCCCCCAUCUGGUUUCUCUCUUGUUAUUGUAGCAACAUGUUAAUGUCGAACUUGGACUUCCAUUCACUUGCUUUUGAAGCCUUUGCAUUUGGUAGUGAUUUCCGCGAUAGUUGUCUGUAAGGUAGGUGCUCGUUGGGGUGCGUGUGAGUAAGCUGUUGUGUUAAAGCGUCCACGUCUGUUCUUUUUAGCAGCUCCUGAGCACGUGGGAAGAAGCUACUGGCAAUAAUUCUCCUCAGUGAGGCCUUAAGUUGCCAUGUUUAUGCCACUAGAAGAACCUUAAAGUCUUAAAUGCCCAUAGAGUCACGAACUGACUUUAUUUGAAUAAGCUAGGAUUCUUACUUUUGAUUGUGUGGUGAGUUAUUAAUUCAAUAAUCUAUUUAUUUGUUAUCUAUCUAUAUUUGCUGGUUUAUUUAUAAGACAUUCUGUAUUUAUUCCUGUGUUGUAGAGUUGCUGUGCAGUAUUGGCUGUGGCUAGAUAAGACAUGAAAAUGGAUUUUAAAUAACUGUGUCCACUUCAACUGAGCCAUCUCAUUUGUACAUGUUGUAGAGCUCAAAGUCAGUUGUUAAUGAAUGUGUCACGCUGUUCAUGGUGCUUUAGACGACUUCUUUUGUGCGUGCAGUAAAGCUCGACUUGGUACUUUAGAAUGAGAAAUGAUAAACCGGCCAUGAAUCACCCUGCUGGUCCCUUUGUCUGCCCUUAUUGUUCUGCUUCCAGGAAGAGAGCACAUGAGUCAGCCGGGGGCUACUUUACCAGAUGCAGCCAUAUAUUGAAUCAGAUCUACGUCUUUGCAUGUGACACGGAGAGCGAGACGGAGAUAGUAGGUUGGCGUUUGCGUGGCUGCCACAUUUGUUGCUCUCCCUUUUAUCUUUUAUGGAUUAAAGCAGAUUGUGCUCCACUAAUAGACUAGGAGUCUGCCCGGAAGUCUUAGCAUAGCAGAUAGUAGCUGUUACCUUUAACUUGGAGACAGUCUGUGUCAGGGUAAGGGUUUUUCUUUGUCUUCUCUUGUCCAAAGCUCUUAUGGACAAGUGAAGACUUUUUAUUUUUACCCCAGAUGAGGACAGCAAGCUCAUGUUUGACAUUACAUGAGCAGCUCCUAGAACGAGACUCUGCAUUUCAUAAGAUCAGUGAUCUUUUCUUUUUUUUUAUGUGUGCCUUUGUUUGCUCAUUGGAUAACGUCAGCUGCCUCUCAAUAUAUGCCGUACCUUCUCUUUUUUUCUUCUCUUUUUUUUUCUUCGUAAUUGCCAGUGAAAUGUGCUAUUUUCUUCUCCCUCUCUGUACCGCUGCUGUGCUACGCUGGACUGAGCACAGUGGGCGCUAGAGCAGGCGCAAGCAGGAGGGAGAGAGAAAAAAAACCCUCAAGCGCACAGUGAAAAGCGUCUGUGCCGUUACCUCAGCUGAACCUCCGAAUGAACUCGUUGCACUGCCCCAGUCACGGAGCCAGGAGACGAAUCACUCGAGUAGAUUCAAAACAGAGGGGUACUGUUGAGUGGGCUGAACCCUGCGCUCUGCACCAGCUCUAGUCAGAACACUCACAUCUCCUCUGUUCUCCUGUCAUGGUAAGUCGGAUUAGCAUUCUUUAUUUUUCUUUCUUUUUUUUUUCUUUCUUUCUUUUGGUCAUUGUUGUCGUGUCUGUACAUGCGUUCGUCUCAGGCAUGUCCGUCACUCUCUCGGCCUGUCAGAUAGCUUAUCAGACUGGUGUUGGCUGUUAAGAUUGCAAGGCGACAACAGUCUGUAGGCUGUCUGACAUUUCGGGCUCUUUCAUCUGACCAGCAUCCUGUUUUGUCCUCUUUCUGUUAUUGCCAUUGUCUCAAUUAGCAUCGGUUCCCAUUCAGAGAUGUGUGCUGCGAUGUCACUUCCCUUUAUCCCAACUGCUUGUGAAACGUCAGAGACAUGGGUCUAUUGUUUAUUUCCUCCAUGCUGACGUCUGGGAGGGUUUUUAUGUGGUUUUUCAUGUGGGGAACUGUGUUUUCGCAUGUUUGCAAAUGCAGAUGUAGAGAUGUCAUUAGUGUACUUCUGUAUGUGCGUAUGUGUGUUUUGAGUUUGCUCCGUCCUCUUGAAUUUCCAGAGAAUCCAGACAGUACACACCUUAUUGCAACACAUCACAUUGUGACACCCAGUCCUAGGUAUGGUACACGCAGUGCUUACCCAGCUUUCCCCUUCCCUUUUACACUUCCCUCUUCUCUUUUUUUACUGAGAACUUUCUUUUGUUGCUCAAUACACACUUUCUUUUGUAGGAGGCUGCAUUUUAUUGGAGUUCUCCUGAGGGGGUGUUUUUCUAAGUCAGUUUCUAUGGGCCACAAAUUGGUAAUUAUACAAAGCUGAAAAUCAUUGCUUGACCAGUGGACACUUUUGCCGCAAAGCCUUAGUUUUAUUUUAGAUUUUUUUUCUAUAACAGAGCAAAAGGAUAAAACUUUUCCUGGUCAUAAAAGCAAAAUCAUUGGAUAACACUGGAAUGGCUCGCUGGCUCGGAGAGUGUUGUUCUUGGCAGUUUCAGGAUGUCCUGUUCCAUAAGGGAGCCCCCUUUUUGGCAUGCCUGUCUGAAUGUGUGUGUGUGUGCAAGUUGGUCUAGAAAUUCUGUUUAUAUUUCUAUGAGUAAAGGCCUGUAUUUCUUGUCUAAUAGAUGUCUGUGCCUGGGUUAUUUUAAAGAUGGUUGCACUGUUUUUUUCCCUCAUCUGCUUUCACUAUAAAUAAAAGUCUGUUGAAAAGAG